AUGAGCAGGUCCGACUCUGGCAUUGCCGCCGAAUUCUUCAAGCUCGAGCUAGUUCUAAUCCAAACAGCAGAUGAUGCAAUCCAAUGCGUGAAGACAUUGAAAACCAACCUCUUCGAGUUUGAUAUCCGUCAUAAUCUGCACGUUUUUGAUACCUCCAAGUUUUAUAUGAGGGACAGUAUCCGUGUGGCAAAAGAUGCAGCUUCAGAGCUCAACCAUGUGGCCGAACAAAUUGCUAGAAGCAAAUGCGUGGCUGACUCGGAAAUUGCUAAAGCUCGCAAUAAGAUGAACGCACUCUCUGACGCCAUAAAGAGUUUGAAGAAAGCGGCUCGCACCUACGAUGAGAUGAAUGGAAAAUCGAGGGGCAUCACUCGCAUCAUCGAUAACGUGCUCGUCGGAAAAUACGAUAUCGAUAAUCAGGAGAACAACAUGCCAGGAUGUGCUGAUACGGUGGAAAUAGUGGUGAGGUCGACAGUGCGCAAUUCUUUCAAGGGCUUUUCAGCCCUGAAGCAUCAAAUCUCCACUAUCGAGAAGUCUCUAUCACCAUCACUGGUACAACGCGCGAAAGACGUGGUCGAGGAUGUUGUGAUUAAGAUAAAGGGCGAGUCAGCCCUCCACGAAGCUAAAUAA